AUGUCUGAUGACGACUGUAAAGAGUUGCAUGAUGUUUCGACUAAUCUGCAUUCCUUGGCUAGGUUGAAUACUAGUAUAUGUUGGCAACAAUCGAGGAAUCAAUGGCUUAGUGAAGGCGAUGCAAAUUCUAAAUAUUUUCAUUCUAUUUUGUCUUCGCGUCGACGACGUAACGCUAUUAUCUCUGUGCUGGUUAACGGUGAGAGGAUUGAAGGGGUUCAUCCGGUUAGACAGGCGGUGUUCAAUCAUUUUUCGCAGCAUUUUAAGGCGCAGGAUGUGGAGAGACCUAGUAUUUCUAAUCUCCAGUUCCGGACUUUGUCGGUGGGGGAGGGAGGUAGUCUUAUUAAACCUUUUUCCGAGGGGGAAGUUAAGGAGGCUAUUUGGGAUUGUGAUAGCUUUAAAAGUCCAGGUCCGGAUGGAGUCAAUUUUGGUUUUAUAAAAGAAUUUUGGAAUGAGCUGAAAGUUGAUGUGAUGAGGUUCGUUUCUGAGUUUCAUAGAAAUGGUAAGCUGGCUAAAGGUAUUAAUGCUACUUUCAUCGUUCUUAUUCCGAAGGUGGAUAAUCCUCAGAGGUUAAACGAUUUUCAACCGAUAUCCUUGGUGGGAAGUAUGUAUAAAAUUUUAGCAAAAUUGCUAGCUAACAGAUUGAGGUUGGUGAUGAGUAGUGUGGUGGCGGAGACUCAGUCUGCUUUUGUUAAAAAUCGCCAAAUUCUGGACGGAAUCCUUAUUGCUAACGAGGUUGUUGAUGAGGCACGCAAGUCUAAGAAGGAGCUUAUGUUAUUUAUAGUGGAUUUCGAAAAAGCCUAUGAUUCUAUUGAUUGGGACUACUUGGAUUCGAUUAUGAAAGGCAUGUCUUUUCCGGUUUUGUGGCGGAAGUGGAUUUGUGAGUGUGUGAGUACUGCCACUACUGCUGUUCUUGUUAAUGGCAGCCCUACUGAUGAGUUUCAUUUUCAGAGAGGUUUACGUCAGGGGGAUCCUCUGUCCCCCUUUUUGUUUUUGCUAGCGGCUGAAGGACUCAAUAUUUUGAUGAAAGCUAUGGUCGAGGUGACGCAUCUUCAAUUUGCGGAUGAUACUCUUUUAUUAGGAGAAAAAAGUUGGGCUAAUGUGAGGGCACUUCGAGCUGUUCUUGUUUUAUUUGAAUCUUUGUCUGGAUUGAAAGAGUUUGGAGGUUUGGGGGUUAGGAGAUUGAAGGAGUUUAAUAUUGCUUUACUAGGUAAAUGGUGUUGGAGGAUGUUAGUUGAUAGAGAAGAGUUGUGGUAUCAGAUUUUAGUCGCCCGUUAUGGCGAAGUAGGUGGGAGGUUGGAGGUGGGGGGCCGGAGUGUUUCCUUGUGGUGGCGGGAGGUAGGUAGGAUUCGUGAUGGCGUUGGUGACACAGGUGGAGGGUGGUUCGGUGAUAGUAUUAGACGGAGGGUGGGAGAUGGUACGACGACGUUGUUCUGGUUGCAUAGAUGGAUUGGAGGUACUCCGCUUUGUGUGCGGUUUCCCCGCUUGUUUGACUUAGCAGAGAAUAAAACCAUUACGGUGGCCUCUUUGUUCUCUUUGGGUAUGGAGCAGGAUGGGGAGGGGUGGAGGUGGAGGCGUAGUUUGUGGGCUUGGGAGGAGCUUUUACUAGAGGAGUGUAGGGCGUUACUAUUUGAUAUCUGUUUGGUUCCUAAUGUUUCAGAUUUUUGGGAGUGGCUUCCAGAUACUGCAGAGGGGUACUCUGUGAGAGGUGCCUAUGAUUUGUUGACGUCUGGGGGUGAUUCGCAGAUGGGAUUACCUUUUGAUUUAGUGUGGCAUCCUCAGGUUCCUUUGAAGGUUUCAGUUUUUGCGUGGCGGCUUAUUCGAGAUCGAUUACCAACGAAAGCUAAUCUGGCGAUUCGUGGGGUUGUCCCCGCGGAUGAUAUCUUAUGUGUUUCUGGUUGUGGUCACGUGGAGACAACCAGUCAUUUAUUUUUAUCUUGUACUACAUUUGCAUCUUUGUGGCAGCAUGUGCGUGAUUGGAUUGGUUUUUCAGGAGUGGACCCUAACAUCAUUUCAGACCAUCUUGUGCAGUUUACUCAUUUGGCAGGGUUUGCUAAAGCAAAAAGAUCAUUCUUGGAGCUUAUUUGGCUUUUGUGUGCUUGGGUUUUGUGGAGUGAGCGUAACAACCGUCUUUUCAAUAAUUCUUUUAAUACUGUCCCUCAAUUGUUAGAUAAGGUUAAAUUGUUAUCUUUGGGGUGGAUGAAAGCUAAAAAAGUUGUGUUUGCUUAUGGUACGCAGAGAUGGUGGUCCGACCCUUUUGCUUGUUUGGGGUUGACUACCUAG